AUGGCUACUCCUCAGAACUUUACGCCAAACUACGAUGAUUUUCUCAGGUGGUAUCAAAAUUAUCAGAACUCAUAUUCUACUGCUUCGGUUGCACACACUGGUAAUUCAUCUGCUUGUCUCUCUCAAUCAUCUUCUCUUGGACCUUGGGUCCUUGAUUCUGGUGUGUCUGAUCAUGUUACUGGUAAUAAAAAUCUUUUCACUUCCCUCUCUACCUCGGGUGUCUUACCUACUAUAACUUCUGCCAAUGGUUCUCAAACCCAAUCUGAAGGGAUUGGUACUGUUCAAAUUCUACCUUCUCUCUCUGUUACUUCUGCUCUCUAUGUACCUAAUUAUCCAUUUAAUUUACUUUCAAUCAGUCGUUUAACUCGUUCUCUUGAUUGUAUUGUCACCUUCACUAAUAGUAAUGUUAUCCUGCAAGAUCGGAGUUCAGGACGGACGAUUGGCGUCGGAUGUGAGUCUCAAGGCCUUUAUUACCUCUCAGUGUCAUCUCAGGCUUGUUCAGCCAAAGAUUCUCCACUCACUAUCCAUACUCAGUUAGGUCAUCCUAGUCUUCCUAAACUACAGAAGUUGGUUCCAAGUUUAUCGAAGUAUACUUGUUUGUCUUCUUUGUCUUCUGUUUCUAUUCCUAAUACUCCAGGUGAAGCAUUAUCUCACCCUGAGUGGAGGCAAGUUGGUCCAGAUGGUAAAAUUGAUCGAUUUAAAGCCCGCUUGGUAGCUAAAGGAUACACUCAGAUUUUUGGAUUGGAUUAUAGUGAUACCUUCUCGCCUGUAGCCAAGGUGGAAUCUAUUAGACUUCUUCUAGCCAUUGCAGCCAUUCGACAUUGGCCUCUUCAUCAACUUGACAUCAAAAAUGCCUUUUUUACAUGGUUUAGUGAUGUUAGCUUAUGUGGAAGGGCUAAGAUUCGCCGGCGGUGGGGUUUCUGA